GGUUGAGAUACAAACGUUACCAAGCGGCUUCCACGUUCUUUCAGAAAAGUACAAGGAGAUCACAGUCAUGUUAGAUAUACGGCCAAACCACACCAUUUACGUCAACAACCUCAAUGAAAAGGUUAAAAAGGAAGAACUCAAAAGAUCACUCUAUGCAAUAUUCUCACAGUUUGGGCAAAUUCUAGACAUUGUUGCCUUAAAAACAUUGAAAAUGCGCGGCCAAGCUUUUGUCAUCUUUAAAGAAAUCCAGAGUGCUACAAAUGCAAUGAGAGCCAUGCAGGGAUUCCCUUUCUAUGAUAAGCCAAUGAAAAUUGCAUAUUCAAAGACAGAUUCAGAUUUGAUUGCAAAACAGAAAGGUACAUACAAAGAGCGUGGAAGCAAGCGCAAGGAGGAAGACAAGAAAAAGAAGAAGGGGAAAGAAGCAAAGGGAGCGACUACAGUGCCUGCUGGGGCAGCUGCUGCCGCCAAAGCAGGAGCAGGGGCAGGUGUGGUGCCACCAAGACCAGGCCUCUUCAACCAGCCUCCUCCUGUUCAUGGUGCAGGUGGCAUAGGUGUGCCAGAACAGCCUCCUAACCAAAUCCUCUUCCUCACCAACCUUCCAGAUGAAACCUCAGAAAUGAUGUUGUCUAUGCUCUUUACCCAAUUCCCUGGUUUCAAGGAAGUACGACUUGUACCCGGACGCCAUGACAUUGCCUUCGUGGAGUUUGAGAAUGAAAUGCAGUCUGCAGCUGCUAAGGAUGCGCUACAGGGCUUCAAAAUUACACCCACGCAUGCUAUGAAAAUUGCAUUUGCAAAGAAGUAAAAAGAUCAUUUCCAACUCUCAUUAUAGAUAAACUUCACAAGUUAGAUAAAUAUAAUUCCACUUUUUUUUUCUUCUUUUUUUUCCCACCUUUUUUGGGGGGAAGGGCAAAGGGGCUACAAACUAUUUCAUACCUGAUUAAGGAUGCUAUUAAGAAGCAUUGUUUUAAUGCCAAUAAUUGUAUCUGAUUUGCAUCCUUGCUGUCCGAGAGUAAACAAAGAUGUUUGUGAAAAUGUAAGUAUUCAACAGUUACUUGUACACUUUUCUUUGUUUAAUCCUUUCCUUGUUGGAGGGGAACAUUGAGUCUGUCUGUAUUUUUUACAUUUUUCUUUUAGAAAGAUUGUCAAAUUGACUCGUAUGUCUUUUGUAUGUAAUCAGAAGCAGUCAAUGGAUAUAAAAUAAAUUAUAAAUAGACAA